AUGAAAAUAUUUUUUAAAGUAUUUUUCUUAAUUUUUUUAACAUAUACUCUCCAAGGAUUAUGUGAAGAAAAUAAUAUAAAAGAGCAUAAAAGUUCUAAUUUGAUGAAGGUUUACCAUGCAAUAGUGAAAUCUUUAAUAAGCGAUGGCCAAAUAAAUAAUUUAAUUAAAAAACACAAUGUGGAUUAUUCAGCUUCUGAUUUAUUAGGAAAUGUACCUGAUGUUGAAGAAAUUCCUAAAAGUUCUGAGAAGGACGAUGUGUUAAAUAAAAUAUUAAACAAUAAAGAAGUAAAAGUAGGAGCACUAAAAGGAAAAAAUUGGGGUUCCAUAGGAAACUAUGAGGUAAAUCCACCAACGGGGUUUUGGCCAGAAUUAAUGUAUUUAAUAUGGAAAACUAUUUCUAAAAAAGUAUUUAAUGAUGAAAAUGCAAUUAAAGUAAAAUACUUAUUUUUUGCUGAUGUUUUUAAUGCUUUGAAUAAUAAUGAAAUAGAUAUGACUGACAAUUAUUUUCUUUCACUUCAAAAUUCAAAAGAAAACUUAAGAAAUAAUAUAUCAAAAAUAUCACAAGGUUUAUCUUUAAUUAACCAUUCUAAUAAAAUUUUGGUUUUAAAAGAACAUAAUAUUAAUAACUUAAAUGAUCUUAAAUCAUAUAUUUUAAAAAAUAAUGAUGUGAAAAUUGCAUGCUUAACUGAAGCUAACUGUAAAGCCUUCAAAGAUAUUUUUCAAAGUGGCGUCAAAUAUGUAUAUGGUAAUUAUUCAUCGUAUAAUGAUUUAAGUCAAAGUAUUCUAUCAAAAGAAAACCUAGCUGGUAUUGUAUCUGGAUUGCCAAAAGAUUUUAAUGAUCCUAAAUUAACUAUUAUUGAUUCCUUAACAAAAACUGCCCAUUCUCCAUUUUUUAGGUAA